AUGUUCAUAUCUAUCUAUGUAUCUCAUUCUGCUCAUAUCUAUCUAUCUAUCUAUCUAUCUAUCUAUCUAUCUAUCUAUCUAUCUAUCUAUGUAUCCAUCUCAUUCUGUUCAUAUCUAUCUAUCUCAUUCUGUUCAUAUCUAUCUAUCUAUCUAUCUAUCUAUCUAUCUAUCUAUCUAUCUAUCUAUCUCACUCUGUUCAUAUCUAUCUGUCUAUCUAUCUCAUUCUGCUCAUAUUUAUCUAUUUAUCUAUAUAUCUAUCUAUCUCACUCUGUUCAUAUCUAUCUGUUUAUCUAUCUAUCUCAGUCUGCUCAUAUCUAUCUAUCUAUCUAUCUAUCUAUCUAUCUAUCUAUCUCAUUCUGUUCAUAUCUAUCUAUCUAUCUCAAACAAGGCGAUAAAUCUGUUCAUAUCUAUUUUUCUAUCUAUCUAUCUAUCUAUCUAUCUAUCUAUCUAUCUAUCUUAGUUUAUUCAUAUAUAUCUAUCUUGGUUUGUUCAUAUCUAUCUAUAUAUCUAUCUAUCUAUCUUCGUCUGUUCAUAUUUAUUUUAGUAUGUUUCUAUCUAUCUAUCUAUCUAUCUAUCUAUCUAUCUCAUUUUGUUCAUAUCUAUCUUAGUCUGUUCAUAUCUGUUUUAGUAUGUUUAUAUCUAUCUAUCUAUCUAUCUAUCUAUCUAUCUAUCUAUCUAUCUAUCCUAUUUUAUUCAUAUCUAUCUUAA